AGUGAACAUAAAUCUCGAGCUGUUAAAAAGAGGAAAGGGAAAUGGCAGAGAAGAAAAGUGAGAUGAAGAGUCGAAAGGGAGAUUAAACAAAUUUCGAAAGUUGAUUGAAGAAGACGAAGUUCUACUGCUGAUUUGUGUCUACUAAGGAUAUGGAUGUGGACACAUCCCAGGUAGAGCAUGAUCAAAGAGAGAAUGGCUGUGAUAAGAGGAUGGAGGUAAAGGACUCUGAAGUUACAUCAUCUGGCGAAGCUGCUAAAGUACCUAUAGUAGGUAUGACCUUUUCAUCAGAGGAAGAAGUAUUCCAGUUUUAUGAUAGUUAUGGACAGUCUCUUGGCUUUAGUAUUGCGAGGAUAAGCACCAAAAAUGGAGAUGAUGGGAAGAAGAAAUAUUUUACACUUGCGUGUGCUCGAAAUGGAAAAACGGUCACCAAAAACUCCAUCUCUACCUACUCAAGGACAUCAAUGAAAACCAAUUGCCGGGCCAAGAUAAAUGUUGCUAUUAGGGAUGAUGAGUCACUAGUCAUAACCCGUGCUUAUCUGGAGCAUAAUCAUGAAUUAGUUCCUGAGAAAAGGUUACGUGUUAGACGUAAUAAGGUAGGUAAUUCUGACCCUAGGAUGAAAUCUAAAUCCAAUGAUGUUGACAGUGAUGGAAUACUUGUUGAAGGUGAUGUGAGUGAGAAUCUUACAUGUUGCGCCAAAGAAUGCACAGCUUUCAGUGCAAAUGGAAGACAGAUGAAACUUGAUGCUGGAGAUCUUGAAGCCUUAUUGGUGUAUUUAUACCGUAUGCAGAGUAGGAAUUUAAACUUCUUCUACCAGAUUGAUACAGAUAAGAAAGGUCGCAUAAGAAAUGUUUUCUGGGCUGAUGCUUGGUGUAGGAAUGCCUAUGAGAAGUUUGGGGAUAUUGUCCUUUUUGACACAACCUCAUUGCUAAAUAACUAUAAUGCUCCUCUGUGUUCAUUUAUUGGAAGGAAUCAUCAUGGUCAUGAAGUUUUGCUUGGUUGUGCAUUAGUGUGGACUGCCAAUAAAUGUAGUUUUAUAUGGCUAUUCAAGUCAUGGUUAACAUGCAUGUUGGGUCGUCCUCCUAAUUCUGUAAUUACAGGUUAUUGUGAUGCUAUUCGGGCUGCUGCUGCUGAGGUUUUUCCAAAUUCAAGAUAUCGUCAGUGCCUUGGGCACAUCUUGACAAAACUUCCAAUGAAAUUAGGACGACUGGACCAGUACAAAGUCAUCAAAAAGACACUGAAGACAGUUGUAUAUGACUCACUCAAGUCCGGGGAGUUUGAGGAAGGAUGGGCAAGUAUGAUUAAGGAAUUCAAAUUAGAAGACCAUGAAUGGUUGAAAUCUCUUUAUAACGACCGGCAUCACUGGGUUCCAAUGUAUGUAAAACAUUGUUUUUGGGCCGGGAUGUCUCUUACUGAAAGAGGUGACCGUUUGAAUUCCUUUUUUGAUGAUUGUUUCAAUUCGAAAAUGACAAUCAAAAAGUUUGUUGAUCAGUAUGACUCUGCUAUGAAGAGUAGGAUUGAGAAAGAAAACAAUGCAAAUACUGCUUCGUGCGCGUCAGUGGUACCAACAAUCACUAAUCAUCCUAUUGAGAAGCGAUUUCAGGAAGUAUACACCAAUGAUAUCUUCAAGCUAUUCCAGGAUGAAAUAAGAGGACUGGUCUUUUGCAAUGCUUCCUUUGUGAAAGCUGAAGGGUCCAUAUCUGUGUUUGAAGUAACAGAGACAGUCCUGGAUAAAGAUGGAAUAUUUCAGAAAGAAAUAACUUUGGAGGUGUUUUUUGAUGAGGUUGAAUAUAAACUACAGUGCUUAUGCCAUCUCUUUGAAGUAAAAGGGAUUCUGUGUAAACAUGCAAUUUCUGUAUAUAUUAAAAAGAAAGUUAUUCAGUUACCUUCUUGUUAUAUUCUAGAUAGAUGGAGAAAGGAUCUGCAAUCCAGUUAUCAAAGUUUAGCUGACGACUAUGAUGAUAUUGUGAACAAUGCCCAGACAGAAAGAUGUAGGAGGUUAAGAUCGUCGUUGUUUCUGGUUCAACGACUUGCGUUGGAGUCUGAUGGAAAAUGUGAACUACUGGUCAAAUUAUUGGAGGAGGCGAAGUGCAAGCUUCUUUCAUUUGAUGAGGUAAAUGGUAAUCGGCAAAGAGAUCAGGUCUCAGUUAUGCCUCAGAUGCUGAUAUCACAGAAAUAACUUCAUUAAUUGGAAAGAAAAGAAGUUUCUUAAGUCAGAUGACAGCCAAUGCUUAAUGCAGAGUCCGAAAUGAGGAGCUGUUCUAAUUUGAUAAAUGCGAAAAAAAGAGGUACUAUGAUUUUGUAUUACUUUCUUCUUUUUAUUUCAAAGGUGGAACCUUCAGCGAUACGAAAUAUGAAUUUUUGGUUUUGUAAUUUGAACUUUUAGUACUUUAUAUUUCAGAAGCAACAGAAGUUAUGUGUUGAGCCCUUGAAAGGAAGUUCUGACCUGGAAUCUAGCUGUGGUUCAGAGGAGUUGAAGGGGUUUUCACGAAUAACCUUGAGUGGGGUAGUUCACUCCCAUCUUUCGGUAAUUUACCUUUUUAAAAAUAAAUUGAUAUGAGAAAGAACUUUUCCCUUUAUAUGAUACAUGUAUUAUAAAAGAAAACUGAAUGAUGAAUGGAAUCUACUUUUUCUUAUGCAAGGCUUACAUGCCACGUAGUCAGGGCCUUGGAAAUCUCGUAAUAUUUUGCAAUGAAUUUUACACAAGUAUGUGCAGCUUUUUUCAAGAUAGUCCUCCCCCUGAGCAAACAUGUUUUUUGGCAGAAUGAAUCCCGAUUGAAUUGAAGAGGAUAUCUUGGCAUAUGGAGUCAGAUUUUCUCCAGCAUUGCACGUAUCUUCUGAUCCUUAAUCUCCUUCGAUAGUUCUGGAACUAAAGUUUGAUGUCUAGAUAUACGAAUAAGCAAUCAUUACAUAGAUGUAUAUACUUUUGGAUAAUUAGUGUACAUGGACCUGCACGCACAUGUGCUGUUGUAUGUUUUGAUCUUCUUUCUUGACCUGACUUUGUAAUUAUAACUAAUCGAUCACCUUGACCUGGUUUCUAUCGUGUCAACAAAUGUUGUGGUGUUUUGUCUUCUGCAGUCUUUAUAUUCCAAUAGUGACUUUGUAUGUGCCCAUGAAAGUCUAGUCAAGUAUAUAUUCCGCAGAGCUGAACGAUUGGUGUACCUAAUUUGAAAGUAGGUAAAUUUUGUUAAAGCAGGUUAUCAUUUAAAUUGUAGACAGCUACUUCUAGAGCCUUCAACUUUGGUGUGUGCUUUUUCUUACAUACAAAGUCUGCAUGUUUACAAGUGGAGUAUUUAUAAACGUAGUGUUUACAUUAUGGCAUUAGAUGUUCUAAUAGUACUCUACAGAAGCAUCAUAAUGAUGUUGAGAAGAGCCCAAGUCUCUGGUAGGCUGGGGAAUGUGAGGUGGCAAUGUGCAUCUUAAUAGUGCCCAGUUCACCCCAUCAAAGAAAGAAUGGUUCUUGAUUGCUGUAGCCCCAAUUGUUGAACCCAAUCUUUUUGCAGGAUUCUUGAUCAAAAGUUUGGUGAUCAAAUCUUUAGCAGAGUUCGACACAGCUGGCUCCUUAGGAAAUUCAAGGCCUCUAGCCACGAUAUUAGAUAGUGUGAACUCAUUAUCAAGUCCUCUAAAUGGUGUCAAACCAUAGAACAGCUCAUACAUAAAUAUCCCUAAGGUCCACCAAUCCACUGCACUACCAUGACCCUCUCCGGAGACCACCUCCGGGGCUAAGUACUCGUGGGUCCCAACAAAGGAGAGCGAUCGAGCUUCUAUUGGCUCCGCCACUAUUUCAAGGGUCCUCCAUUCAUGAUGACCCGGCCUCCUCAUCCUCUGCUUAGUAGUACGGAAACAUGAGACAUCUGGCACCAUGCAACUUGGUAACAUGCAAUGUGACUUAGAUACCGGGCAAGCCACAUCAGGGCUGUAGCUUGAUGCUUGAUGUGUAGUUAAUGAUGAUAAGGAAUCGUUAGAAAGAAGCUGAGCCUUCGGUUUAGACUCGUCACACCUUAGGGAGAGAUCAAAAUCCGUCAGCAUAAUGUGACCGUCUGAUCGUACUAGAAUGUUUUCAGGCUUCAGAUCACGGUAGAUGAUCCCUUUCAUGUGUAGGUACUCUAGUGCAGCCACCACCUCAGAUGUAUAAAACCUAAUUCACGGAAAACAUUAGGUACAAGUUCAGAAUUUGAUGUUGUUCUGUUUUAAGUUUUUCUAUUUAAUAUUCAACAACAAAAUUUUGGAGAAAUCUAGGGAUAGGCAAAGUAAAGUGUAUACGUGGAAAAGGUUUGCUGAUAUGUUAUGAUGAAGACAGAAAAUAGGAAAAUGAACAAAUCAUUAACAAUAAACGGUCAAACCCACUCCAACUUAGGAUAAGUUGGAAAAAGGGAAACAAACAAUUCAUGUCACAUUAUGUAAGUCUGCACUUAAAUAGUAUUCCUGGAAUCAUUCAAAAGGGAAUGGUACUAACCGGACGGCAGCCUCAUCGAAUCUCCUGUACGGCUGCCUUUGCCGUAGAAUGUGCAGAUCACCACCGGGACAAAACUCAGUUAACAAACAGGACCACCUAUCAGAUUCCAAGGUAGUGUAAAGAGUAGGCAAAAAUGGAUGAUCCAAAACUUCCAAGAUUUCUCUUUCAAGUCUUGCCCUGGCUUCUUUACUCCUGAUUGCUAGCUCUUCUUUGUCCAUCACUUUAGCUGCAAACGUGAUCCCUUUAGCCCCUUUAAGUUCCACAAGAUACACCGUCCCAAUGUCGCCGCUCCCAAGUUUUUGGAUGAAGCUCAAGUCUUGUAGAGUGAUCAUAUUCGUGGCACUAUAUGACAGUACGCUGCGUAUUGCAUCCCACCCGGGACUGCUAUUCGCUGUCGAAUGAGGUUUGUUGAAGGAUGGUACAUUACUGUCCUUGGCUUGAUAGUUGUUAACCAUGUUGUUGUUGUUGUUCAUGUUGCUGGUGGUGGAGGAAGUAGAUGUUCUUGAGUCGAAACUCCACGUGUCUUGAUCGUUUCCGGCUGCAUUUUCAGCCGGAGAUGACUGCAUGCUUUGGGAGGAAUCAGUCAUAUCUAUGGAGGAGGUGUGGAUUGGAAGGAUUUCUGAUUAAAGUUUGGUUAAGUGGAAGAAGGUGUUGAUUAAAGGAGGAAGCAUUAUUUGGAAGGUUUAACCAAAAAAAAAGAAGGGGUAUUUAUGAAGGACGGGACAAAAGAAUGUGUAUUAUUUUGGGCCGGCAAGUUUUCGUUUUAGCUCAUUUUGCCGGCUGUUAGAACAAGUCUGGGGUCUCAUUCAUGGUCCAAUACUUAUUUUUUUCCCUUUUUUUUGUAAUAGAGAAUUUUAUUUUUUUUUUCUAAGUUUUUCCUCUUUAUUUCUUGUUUGAAAAGCUUGAACUGGUAAAAUUAGUACUCUAUCAAUGUGAA